GUGAGGAACGAAAACAAACUGACCACGUGCCUGCCUCUCUUUGUUUAACCGAAUGUCGACCUCCCACUUGAGUUCAUUUACCUUCUGAUCGGGGAGCGAACUCUCCCAAAACACGCGACACACAGGGAAACACAAAGCCAGCAUGGCCAGUGUCUUUUGUGUAUUCGCCCUCGUCUCCCUCCUCCGUGUCUCACUGAGUGUGGAAAUGACAGGCUCGUACGGCAGCUUCACCUCCCCCAGCUUCCCCCAGCCGUACCCCGACCACCAGCUCGUGGCGUGGAACAUCAGCGUCCCGGACGGCCACAGGAUCAAACUCUACUUCACCCACUUCAGCUUGGAGCCGUCCAACCAGUGUGAAUACGACUACGUCCAGGUUUUGGCAGAGGGGAACGAAACCUUGCGGUUCUGCGGCGAGGAAGAGAAGAACUACGAGAGCAGCCCCGGGAACACCGUCAUCCUGUCAGCCGGGAACCUCAUGUCAGUGGUGUUUAGGAGCGACUACUCUAACGAGGGCCGAUUCACCGGCUUCCAAGCGUUUUACACCUCCGAAGACAUCAAUGAGUGUCUGUCAAAGGUAGACGGGGAGAGGGCGUGUGAUCAUUUCUGCCACAAUUACAUCGGCGGCUAUUACUGCAGCAGACAAGGACACCUUCUCCAUGACAACAAUAGGUCCUGCACAGUGCCGUGCCAGAGCCUGUUGCUGACGUCGCCGUCUGGGGUCUUGACCAGUCCGGGAUACCCGAGCCCUUACCCACCCAUGAGUCAGUGCGAUCACACCAUCCGCCUGCCGGAGGGCUCCAGGAUCGUCCUGGACUUCCUGGAACCGUUCGACGUAGAGGGACACCCAGAUGCCCCCUGUCCAUAUGAUAUGUUGAAGAUUUCAACGGCCGGACAAAAUUACGGGCCGUUCUGCGGCUCAGUGGCGCCGGGCCGCAUCGACACGGGCAGCUACCAAGUUCACGUCGCGUUCAGGUCCGACGCAAGCGGGAAAAACAGGGGCUGGAAGAUCAAGUACACCAGCAUCAAGGCUAAAUCUGUCACCUUAACGUAGAAACUGUUUAAUUUCUUUUUGUGGACUUUCAAUCUCACCGGCGCAAUCCGCUUUUGCUCUCACUCUUGUAUUGUGCUUUAUUGUUACUGUGCAAAUAAAAUGAGAUUUAGAACCAG